AGCGAAGUAAUAAAAAUCGACAACUUAUCUCAAGUUCUUCAAAUAAGAAAAGUUUUUUCUUUAAAAGACUUGGCCGUCAAGUUGUAGUAGUUGAGGGUGUACGAACUCCUUUUCAAAUUUCUAGAACUGGUUAUAAGAAUUUGCAAGCCCAUGAUUUGGCGCGAAUGGCCAUUUCAAGCCUUCUUAAAAAAACUCAAGUAGACAAGGAUCUUCUUUCACAAGUUAUUAUAGGAACGACAAUUCAAGAGAUUAAUGCAAGCAAUGUAGCUCGCGAGGCGGCCUUGAGGGCCAACCUACCUGAAACCGUGCAUGCUCACACAGUUACUUCUGCUUGCAUCUCGUCUCUUUCGGCCAUUGACGCUGCUGUAAAUGCAAUAGCGCUCGGAAAAGCUGAUGCCAUCAUAGCGGGCGGUUGUGAAACGUUUUCUGAUGUCCCUAUUAGACUUAGCCGUUCGUUAAGAGCAAAGUUGAUAGAGUUAUGCAAAAUGAAAGGAGUUGUUAAUUGGUUAUCCUGGCUCUGCUCUCUUGAAUCGACCGAUUUCAAGUUGGAUAUACCCGCAGUUAAAGAAUUUUCUACAGGAGAGCUUCUAGGUGAAUCGGCUGAACGUCUCUGCAUUGCUUUCAACAUUACUCGUCAAGAAUCAGAUGCCUACGCGCUCCGUUCUCACAAACUUGCUCUGGAUGCCAGUGCCUCUGGAAAGCUGCUGGACCGGACCCCCGUGCGUGUGCCGGGCGCCGUCAACUUUGUUUCUGAGGACAACGGAAUACGAGUGAGCAACCCUGAAAAGCUCGCUGCUCAUAAACCCUGCUUCCUUCGACCCCACGGCUCCGUAACUCCGGGAAACUCCUCCUUCUUCACUGAUGGUGCCGCUGCCGCCUUACUUAUGGCGGAAGAAACAGCUUUGACACUCGGCUAUAAGCCGAAGGCGUACAUACGAGAACUGGUAUUUGUUUCACAGGACCCCGUCGAUCAACUCUUGCUUGGACCUGCUUAUGCCAUUCCUAAAGCCCUCUCAUUGGCGGGGCUCGAACUUUCUGACAUUGAUGUUAUUGAACUGCAUGAAGCCUUUGCCGGGCAAGUUCUCGCCUGCUUGCGGGCUUUGGAUAGCGAAAUUUUCUGCCAACGUCACCUCCGGCGAAACCGACUAGGAGAAAUUCCCAUGGAAAAACUUAAUUUGCUAGGCGGAUCGUUGUCUAUAGGGCACCCCUUUGGCGCAACGGGUGUCCGUUUGCUGACUACUGUUGCUAAUAGACUGCUCACCGAAGACGGGAGACUUGGGCUUCUCUCCGUCUGCGCUGCAGGCGGGCAGGGUUGCUGCGCUAUCCUCGAACGCUCCUCAUAAACGGGACUGCUCAUCUUUACGUUAU